UAUCUCCUUAUCCUGACCACAGAAACAAACAUAAGCCAAUGGAAACAAAAAAAUUCUAAGGUGAAAAAAGCCAAUCAGAAGCUGAGUAAACUCUAAGCUCACACAAAAAUGGCGUCUCUUCUUGGAACAUCUUCUUCUGCAAUCUGGGCUUCUCCUUCACUCUCUUCUCCUUCCUCAAAACCUUCCUCCUCCCCCAUUUGCUUCAGGCCAGGAAAAUUGUUUGGAAGCAAGUUAAAUGCAGGAAUCCAAAUAAGGCCAAAGAAGAACAGGUCUCGUUACCAUGUUUCGGUUAUGAAUGUAGCCACUGAAAUCAACUCUACUGAACAAGUAGUAGGGAAGUUUGAUUCAAAGAAGAGUGCGAGACCGGUUUAUCCAUUUGCAGCUAUAGUAGGGCAAGAUGAGAUGAAGUUAUGUCUUUUGUUGAAUGUUAUUGAUCCAAAGAUUGGUGGUGUUAUGAUUAUGGGAGAUAGAGGAACUGGAAAAUCUACAACUGUUAGAUCAUUAGUUGAUCUGUUACCUGAGAUUAAUGUAGUUGCAGGUGACCCGUAUAACUCGGAUCCGAUAGAUCCUGAGUUUAUGGGUGUUGAAGUAAGAGAGAGAGUUGAGAAAGGAGAGCAAGUUCCUGUUAUUGCGACUAAGAUUAAUAUGGUUGAUCUUCCUUUGGGUGCAACAGAAGAUAGAGUUUGUGGAACCAUCGAUAUCGAAAAGGCUUUGACAGAAGGUGUAAAAGCCUUUGAGCCUGGUUUGUUGGCUAAAGCUAAUAGAGGGAUUCUUUAUGUUGAUGAAGUUAAUCUCUUGGAUGAUCAUUUGGUUGAUGUUCUUUUGGAUUCAGCUGCUUCUGGUUGGAAUACGGUUGAGAGAGAAGGGAUUUCGAUUUCUCACCCGGCGAGGUUUAUCUUGAUCGGUUCAGGAAAUCCGGAAGAAGGAGAGCUUAGGCCACAGCUUCUUGAUCGGUUUGGUAUGCAUGCACAAGUAGGGACGGUUAGAGAUGCUGAUUUACGGGUCAAGAUUGUUGAAGAGAGAGCUCGUUUCGAUAGUAACCCAAAGGAUUUCCGUGACACUUACAAAACCGAGCAGGACAAGCUUCAAGACCAGAUUUCAACUGCUAGGGCAAACCUUUCCUCGGUUCAGAUUGAUAGGGAAUUGAAGGUGAAGAUCUCUAGAGUUUGUUCAGAGCUCAAUGUUGAUGGGUUGAGAGGAGACAUAGUGACUAACAGAGCAGCAAAAGCACUUGCAGCUCUCAAAGGAAAAGAUCGAGUAACUCCAGAUGAUGUUGCAACCGUUAUCCCUAACUGCUUAAGGCACCGUCUGAGGAAAGAUCCACUGGAAUCUAUUGAUUCAGGAGUUCUAGUUUCCGAGAAGUUCGCCGAGAUUUUCAGCUGAAUAGGAGAUUCGAUUCUGUGAUCAUUUUUCUUUAACUUUUUCUACUCUGUAAACGGUGAGAAGAACCAAAACUAUAAACAGGCAAAUCUGAUUGAAUAUAGAGUCUAUGCUUUAUUCAUUAAGUUGAGUUGUUCAAACUUCAAAUCAUAGACUCAAUAGAACUCUGUUUAUAUUUGUGUAACUACAUACAAACAUUCCUGCAUUGAUUAUGGCUAUAAAGCUAUC